GAGGGACGCAGCCAACAUGGCCCCCGAGCAGCCGCCGUUACUGUCCGCUAUGAAGAGACGAGCUAACGGUCCUUCUCCGCCGCGACCGGACACCGUGAGCCCGAGCAAGGGCGUCGCUGGUAAAAGAGGGGGGUAGACCUCCCCAUGUCAGGCCCGUCUCCUCCAUCCAAAGCCACGUUCAGCCGUUUGACAAAGAGGGGCGCGAGCCCGGGUGUCGGCGGCGGAACCAUGAGCAAGGAUUAUUCCAUUAAUCUGUCCGUGCAGCGCGUGCUGAGUCUGUGGGUACAAGGCACCGUGCCCACACUGCAGCACUUCACAGAGAUGUGGUACUGGGUGUUCCUGUGGUGUCUCUUCUCAUCACUGUUUGUACACGGAGCCGUGGGGCUGCUCAUGUGUGUGAUGCUGCAGAGGCACAAGCGCGGCCGCCUCAUCACCCUGGUGCUGAUCAGUGUGGGCUUUCUCGCCUCGAUUAUCGGAGGCGUCCUCACCAGUGCAGUGGUGGCCUGGGUGUACCGGGUCGCAGGAAAGGACAUGGCUCCUCUGGAGGCUCUGGUGUUCGGGGUGGGCCAGACCACUCUCACUAUCCUAAUCUCCUUCUCCCGCAUCCUGGCCACUCUUUGACUGGACAUGGUGGUCCAGUGACUGUCACAUCCAGCUGGUGUAAGAGGCGGGUCGAGACACAAAGGAUGGAUCUAUGGGUUCUGGAUGUGGCUUGGUUGCUGGAGGUAAAUGGUUUAGCUGCUUUAUGGUUGGCAGUUCAGGCCACAACGAAUGCUAAGAAAGGUGUUUUAGGUUCCACUGCAAUGAGCAGAUGGACCUCCAGCCAAGCCUGUGAACAGGCAGCGCUCAGAAAAUCAAGUGGUUCAAGUCUCUCUGGAUCAAAAACUGCACUUGGUUGGUCGCUGCCCACUUACAGCUGCACUGAUGACUUACAGGGAACAGAUAAUGGAAAGCUAAACUGACUGUCUUUGGAAGUUUGUCCUUAUGUUUGUCCAUUGCACUUCUGGAAAGUGUCUUCUGUUAGUUGUGUAUUGCAUGGGCUUGUUCAGCGCUCAGCCACCGUAAAACCAGAGCUAGCACCUGAGGACCAGCGAGAGGUUACACCAUAAGCCAACUACACUUACCACAAUAAAUUAACUGAAUAUAUUUAACCAUUUCUAUCUGUGGGAUGUUUCCAUUUCUAGCAGUAUAUCGGUAUGGAUUCACUCUAUUAACAGUAAAUACUGUAUAAAUUUCCUUAAGAAUCAAUGGCUUAUGCUUUGCACUUUCUGAAUGUUAACAGGUGCAUCUGUGCAGGAUUCUGGGAUACCGCUGUGAUCUUGUACAAAAUCCACCACAAUUUACUGUAAGGACUCACAGUUAAUCCAGAUUACUGAAUAAUUACACUCAUGUGAAAUAAUAAGUACACCCCAUGGAAAUUGUUGGCUUUUUUGACAUAUUUGGACAAACAUUUGAUUUUUGAAUAAUCAUAUUUGAAACAGUGUCUAUUAAUAAAGUUCACUCUAUCAAAUGACACAUAAUAUUGACAUUUCAUAGUAAUUUUCACAAUUUAAAUUAACAAAAAAACAGAUCAGUCACAUGGAAAAAGUGAGUCAUAGCUAAUGCAGCCCGAGAGCAGACCAUCUGAUACAAAAAGAAGUCUCCAAGAACCCCAAAAUUUCAUCACAGGAUCUGCUAGUAAGUCUUGCAACUGUUGAUGUCAAAGUGCCUGCUUCUACAAUCAGAAAGCGAUUGCACAAAUUUGACCUGCAUGGGACGUGUGAAAGGAAAAAGCCUUUGCUGUCUAAAAAGAACAUUAGAGCAAGACUACAGUUUGCCAUUGAGCAUAUAGGCAAAGACCAGGCCUUUUGGAAUAAUGUGCUCUGGACAGACGAAUCAAAGAUAGAGUUGUUUGCCACAGUAACAGCAGACAAAAUACAGCUUUUCAGGAGAAGCACCUCAUACCAACUGUGAAGCGCGGUGGUGGUUUGGGUUGCUUUGCUGCCUCAGGGACUGGACAGCUUCAUUCAUUGAUUCAACUAUGAAUUCUGCAUCAUAUCCAAGAGUGCUUGAAGAUAAUGUGAGGCCAGAAGUGAACCAGAAGUGGACCUUUCAACAGGAUAAUGAUACUAAGCACACUAACAAAUCCACCAAGCAAUGGCUCAAAAAGAAGAAUUAAAGGGUUAUGGAAUGGCCUAGUCAUAGUACGGAUUCCAAUCCCAUUGAAAUGUUGUGGGGGGAUUUGAAACGAGCAGAACAUGCAAGAAAACCCUCAAACAUCUUGUGACUGAAAGAAUAUCACAUGGAAAAGCGGUCAAAAAUUCGAGCAAGCCGAUGUCGGGUGAGCAAUUACGCAAAACGCCUACAAGUUAUUACUGCUAAAGGGGGCAACACUAGCUUCUGAGGCCAAGGGUGUACUUACUUUUUAUACACAGAAGAAUAUCCCAUCUAUUGAUAUUUCUGUUGAAUAUAUGAUUGAAAAAGCUAAUGUUCCUUGUGGUUUUGUUCAAGUAUAUCAGCUUUAUUAAUAGGCACUGUUUCAAAGAUGAUUUCAUGUUUGCUUGUCCAAAUAUGUCAAAAAAAAGCCAAUACUUUCCAUGGGGUGUACUUAUUUUUUUAACAUGACUGUAUUUAACAAAUUAACUGAUUAAACAUAUUUAAUUAUUUAUUAUGGACAAAUAAAGUGAUUUGAAAUUUUUAGAGUGAAUGAUGAUGACAUGUCUAGACACAUUGUCUUUGUCUCUUGGUUGAGCUUUCACUUUACUUUUUAUUUCCAGUGUAUUGACGUCCCCUAUAACUAGUAAAAUGACUUACAGUCAAAAUGCUACUUAAUCGUUUUUUAAACAGCUCUAACCAGAAAUGAUCUGUUUAGCUCCUUCAGUGGCGUUAUUACUGAAUCUCCAGCAUCAGUUCUAACACUGUCGGAGUUAUCUGCUGUUGUUAUACACUGUUGUUGUGUUUGUGUGAAAUCUUUGUGUUUUUUCAGUAUAGGUUUUAAUUACCUUUACCGUAUAUGUAUCCCAUGAGGCUAUGUUGCAUGUAGACUUGCUUUCAUUUUUUUUACCUCAAGCCUUAACCACACUUGGUUUAUAGGGAAAAGUGGGAAUUUGGUGCACUACUGCUGGUUCCUGUAGAUUACUGUACACUUUUUAUACACAGAUGGAUGUGAAUUCAUCCCCCACACACCUGAAUAUCAUAACUUUCACUAUUUACUUCUUUUCUAAGGAGGUCAUUGGUCCUGGAAAUGCUGGCGGCAAAAUGGCUGUUCCUUCCUUUAGUGCUUUUCCAAUACAGCUUUAAUGACCUUGAAAACUGCACUGCUGAUUUUGCCUUCCCUGUGUGCAGCACUGCUGCUCGGGGCCAGUGCAAAAAGGAUGGAAUGAAAUCAGAGGCAGCAGAACCUGAACCUGAAAUGCCUGGCAAAAAAACAUGGAUGCUUUAAUGCUCGGAAAAAAGUGUACAAAUUCAGGGAACGACAUUUCACAUAAAAACAUCAAGCUGUCAAAAAUUCAGGAUAAACAAUUCAGGUAGAAAGCUACAGUCUACAAGACCAUUUGAAUUUAGAUUUAAAAUUCAUUCCAUGGGGCAGAUGAGGAUUUAGAUUUAGAUCGUACGUCUAACGCCACGGCUCAACCUUUUAGCUAAACCAGAAGAGGAGCAGUUUUUCUCGAAAGCCUCUGGUACUUACUGUAAUUACAGCUUUACAAAUUUACAGAGUUUUUUCCACCCAAGCAUUCAGGGUCAGAGUCUGUUGACUCUCAUUUCAUCCCAUAAAAAAGUAGCAUAUUCUUAAUGCAUUAAGAACAAUUGUGAUGUUUUUGGCGUGUUUUUUUUUUUGUAUCUCAUCUAAAAGGGGAUUGAGAGGAAAGUCAGUCAUGAGCACGGGAACUGCCUUGCUAGUUUGGGUGAAAGGACAGACUUGAAUGUGACAAUGAGCAAUCACAGUAUCUCAGAUUUAAUCAUGGCUCUCUCACACAUUCAGAAUGAAACCACUUUAUUGUACCAUCUAGUGUUUCAGGUACUACAAGACAUGUCAGUAACUCAAACCUAGUUUUAUUAGAGCAGUUCUGUAAUUUAAAAUCGUUUGUGUAUCGUUUGUAUUACUAAUACUUUUUUUUUUUACAUUGUGACAUUGUUUACAGCUCCACUUUGCUGCUAUUUUGCGUAGAAGGAAUUAGAUUAACGGUUUAUUUAUCAGCUAUUUUAAUUCAAAAUUUAAUUUAAAUAAAUCCUAUCUAUAUUUAACUUUUUUUUUUUAAAGGAAUAAGAGGUACAGUAUCUUUCUGUAUAUUUGUUCAGUAUUUUAGUAGUAUAAUGGCUGCACUCUAAGCUCUAAAAGGACUGCCAUAGAAAAAUCCCGGUCACCACAAGUUCCUUUUUUAUUCCAUAUUAUUACAGACAUGCAGGUUAAUCAGAGCAAACAAAGCUGCAGCACAGGAAACGCUUUGUACCAAUUUAUAAUUUUCUAAAAAUAAAAAUAAAGCGAUUCCUGCUUCAGAUUUACAGGUAGAGAUGAUUAUCUCCAGUCAUUAGUCUUUCUUUAAGCUAAAGUAUUCUCUAAAUGUUCAGCUAUAGCCAUUUGUACUCAUUCUCCUGUUGUAUCAUGUCUGUACCUCUGUGUAACUCUUUCUAAGAAAUUUUGCUUGUUCAAUUGUUAAUUUGCAGAUUUUUCCUCCUUGUUUUUGAUUGUUACUGUGAAAGACCCUACAGAUUCUAAAUUAUUAUGAAAUAUAUUAUUAUUAUUAUCUUAUGUAAUUGUCAUUGUUCACCUUCAGUAGCAGAUUUGUCCACUAGAGAGCGCCAGUGUGAUGUAAAUAGAGGAGAAGGUUAUGAAGCUGAGGUGGAAUACCGAGCAGGAGAGAGAGAGAGAGAGAGAGAGAGAGAGAGAGAGAAAUGAUGUCCUUGAUUGCGUUGCCUGUAGUUCACACGUUGACCAGUGACACAUUAUGCUUUAGUUCAGCUUAAACUGCCCCUCUUUAAGAACUUUAUUAUAAUACCUAAUUAUACUUAAUUACAAAUUCUUUUCACUGCUUACUGAUAUAAAAGUAAAAUGUUUAGAAUUCUUCCUUAUCUACAGUAACAUUACAUAUGAUGAAGGGUUUAUGUUGUGUGUCUGGUUUAGGAAGCACGAGCCUGGCUGGACUUUUCUGUCCUGCUGUGUGUCAGUGAACAUGUGAUUUUGUGAGCGUGAGAAUGAAGCAGUGACUUUAACAUCGUUUCUCUGCAGUUAUAUGAAUGUUUGUGGUUGUGAAUGUAUGGAGGUUAUUUAUUAUAACAUGUUUAUCUGAACUGCUUGUUUCAUCUUAUUGAUUUUCUAAACAUAUACUUAGUCAGAAAGAUCUGAAUCAGUAUUCUGUUGUUUAAAGCUUUUAAGUGAUCUGCAUAAGGCUCAAGUUCAGCUCAUUUUGGAAUGUGAUCAAAACAAUUUUUAAAUACAGGGACUACCGCUGCCUUUUCUUUUAUAAACGUAAGUAUGCGAGCCCAUGUAGUGUUCCCGGAUGUAUAUAUAUAUAU